GUCAGCUGAAGCUCUUCCCCACUCGAUCCAAGAAAAAAGAUUCCUGGAACGGAAUGAUUCUACUCUAUUAAGCAAAGGAAACUUUCUUCGAGCUUUUCAAUGAUCUGUGCUUCUCAACUGAGUUUAAUUGCGUGCGGCACAGUGUAGAAUGGACUCUCGAGUGGUCUUCCUCGGAUACUUCGUGGCUCCACGCGACUGAUUGAUGGUACCUCACAGAACCUGGUCAGCACUGCCAUUUGGCAAUAGAAAGAAGGGUUUGAAACGCGUCAGGAAAAGUCGGAAUAGCUGCAGCAGAAGUUUCAGGAGAUCGAAACGAAAAGGUCAGUGCAGAGGAUAAGAUGGCUUUCAAACUAAGCGUAGCACCAUUCCGUGACAAUGCAGGUAGCAGCGGUGAGCCUCGAACGAGAUAUUUUCCUCCGAAGUCAAUAUCAGGUACCUAAUCGAUUUUUCACAGCGAAGCACGCCCUCCGGGCUUAAGCUAAGUAAGGCUGGCUUCAUUGCCUUAGAAUGUGAGGUCGAAAGCCUCUUCAAAUCGAGUGACUGCAGUCUUCUCAGAAUACACCGAUUCUCUGCGACAUAGGACUGAUUAGCUGAUUAGAUACCGUUAUUGUCGAUGCGAUAGAAUCCGACAAGUCGCGGUUACAGAAAUUGGAGGAGGGGGGGAACCGAGAGUCUCGAAUGGGUAUCGGUCGGUAUUACUGCAGAACAAAGAUUGACGACUCUACAACUAUUGCUCAUGUGAGCCUCCAAAUCUCUUCCGCGGUCACAGAUAAUGACUUUCACAAGCGGGACUCGUCCGGCGGAGGCAAUCUCGUUCGAUGGAAUUUUCCUAUGCUCAACCGUUGUCAAAGAAUUCGACAAUAAAUAUUCGAAAGGAUUCUCCUAUCGACCAAUACCAGCCAAAUUCCGUAAUUCUAUCGAAGUCGCCAGUUUUCUUUCCCAAGUGUCCCGUCACGAAGGAGAUUCGAAGAACUGGAUUGUCCCAGAUUUAAAGCGAUGAUUCCUUUAUUCUAGCGAAAUUUAGUAACUCUCCCCAUCCUAUCGUCGAUCUUCUCCCGGAGUCUACUGUUAAAACAUGGUCAGUGCGCUGGCCGAGCCUCUGCUUGAAGUUAAACCCGACAACAGCUCCGCUUCAAGCUCCGGAUGCAGUUCGAAGGAAUCCUCAUCGGAUGAGUGGCUGAUAAAGAGAUCAUCGGUCUACGAAUCAUCAGAAUGCUCUCCCGGGAGAGGCUGGAAUUGUUGCAGCGCGAGCUCAUCCUGCAUCGGAAGAUGGCUGCUCGGAAAACUAUCCGAGACGAUCACCGUGCCCGAGACAUUGCUGUUGACCUUGGUCGUCGGCGUGAAUUUCCUAUCGUUCUGCGCUGGAAGCAUGUUGGCCCCGGUGUUACCUCAACAUUUGACAUCAAAAAUGGCCCAAUUCGGGGGAGAAGGUGCCGCCAGUGAAGUCGACGUUUCCAUCGCAUUCGUGCUGUACGCCGGCACCUCUAUGCUCUUCUCGCUUGUUUUCGGGCCCCUGAUAUCGCGAUUCGGUAUAAACACCUUCUACUACUUCGGUCUGUCGACGGUGGCGCUCACAAACAUCGCGCUCGGAGCUCUCGAUAUCCUACCCAUGUCGAGCUACCGGCAGUACAUUUUUGCGCAGUGCGUGGUUCGAACCUUGGAAGGAAUAGGAGCAGCGGCCUUCAACACGUCUUCGCACAGCAUCAUCAUGAGAGUUUUCUCGCGGAACAUUGAUGAAGCAUUCGCCGCCGUCGAAGCAGCGGUGGCCAUCAGCUUCUCGCUCGGCCCCGUCAUCGGGAGCUUUCUAGUCAAAGGCUUCGGCUGGUUUUGGGCGUUCUCGAUCUUCGGGACGAUCGUGCUUGCGACUAUUCCCUUGUCGAUCUGGACGUUUUCGAACUACGGGUCGAUGAGGUACGUGGAUGUGUCCUCGACAGGAAAUCGCGGGUUUCUGCCUCUCAGAAUCGCUUGCACAUGGAAUGGCAUCUUCGUCAUUCUAUGCAUGCUCGUGACCACUACGGCAUUCAGUUUCAUCGAGCCCACGCUCGAAUUGUUUCUCGAGAACAUUCUGCAGAACGAAUACAGCAUCGCCUUCUACUUCGCCGAGGCCGCUGCUUUCGCCGUAUCCGCCCUCAUCGUUGCCCCGUUUCUCGCUGCGAGGACCAAGGUGGGAACGAUGAUCAUGGGAACUGUGCUCCUUGCCGUGGCCUUUCUCAUCAUCGGUCCGAGCAAGUACUUCUUAAGGGAACCGAACGAUUUCAUGACGAUGGCGGGUGUCGUACUCAUCGGCUUCAGUUUCGCUCUGGCCUAUGUUCCAACAUUGGACUAUCUGGUUGAAACCGCCGUCAACGAUCUAGGUUGCCUUAAGAGUCCGGCGACGUAUGGGCCGAUUUCUGGCCUCUGGAACUUCUGCAACGGUUUCGGCGAGACGUUUGGUCCAGUGCUGGCCAUGUUCCAGACAUCGUCAGAUUUCAGAGAUGCCACCCUGUUGAUAUCCACGACCUUGUUCUCAUCGGUGAUCAUACUCAUGCUUAUCGCUUUCUUGGCGAAACGAACAGAAACUGAUGCAGCUGAGAUGGAAAGAACGAUCCUAGGAAAGGCGAAAGUUCGAGACCCUGUGAAGCCUUAUCGCACGACUGAAGAUCUCAGUCGACACUUGUCGAUACUGAUCAGUGCCAACGCCUAAGAACUUGGAAGUUUUUCAC